GUUCUGCAGGCAUGAUUCAGGUGACUUCGAUUCAGUUUACGGUUGGCAAGGUUGAUGCAGGCAUAGCAGUUUUACUUUCACCGGACCACCAUCUAAUAGAGUUUCCUGCAAACUUGUUGCCAGAUGGACUUUCUACAGGCUCAAUAGUCAACGUGACCGUUGAACGCAACCAAGAGGAGGAGCAGCGCCAAAAGGAGGAGUUUGCGGCUCUCCAAGAGGAUAUACUGAGCACGUAUUCCCAAUCACCACAAGCCCCGGUCAUUAGUGUCAAGGCAGUGACUCAAACGUCUGUUAUUAUCAAAUGGGAUCCGCUUGUUCUGUAUGCCGCUACAUUCCGUGGACUAGAUGUUUAUCGUAAAGGACAGAAACUCAAUCUUCCUGCCAAUGCCUUGUCUACCUCUGCCAAGCUAUCGGGGUUAGAUGUUGCUCAAGAGUAUGAUAUCUGGAUUGUGUUAAGAACAUCAGCUGGCUCGUUCACAUCCAACAAAUUGCAGGUCAAGACUCACUCUAUGGAUAAUCUAACUGGCUUAAACCCAUCAUUUGGAUCACUUUCAAAGGACUCUGAUGUAGAUACACUUAUUGAAUUGCUGGAUCGUAUUGGAGCAAAGUAUACGGAUGAUCUGACUUCAGACAACACCCAUUUGGUGUGCACAGUGCCAAAAGGACCAAAAUACGAAAGAGCAUUGGAGUUGAAUAUUCCAAUUGUGACUCCCGAGUUCCUCAAGGCAUGCGAGUUGCAGCAAAAGGUGAUGCCAGCACAUACAUUUUAUUUGGCAAAGCAAUAAAAUACAAUUUGGUUUGAC